GCGGCUGGCAUGGCGGCUCCCAGCAGCCGCUGUCCGCACAUGGGUUCUCGCUUCGCGUAGGGAAAAGCGGGCGCUUUCUCUUCCGCCGCCCCCUUUCCCUUCCAGGCGUCGAAUGCGGGAAGAUGCGAGCGCUAGAGCGGAUGCUACUGAGGGGCUUCCCAAGCGCGGCGGAAUCCCCGCGGUGGAAACAGAGCGAGGCGGCUUCGGCGGCAGAAAGUGGAUCGUUGUUGCAGUUGUUGUUGGAAGGGAAUUAUGAGUCCAUCUUUCUAAGUAAAGCAGUCCAGAAUGUCGUCACCACAUCUUCAGGAGAAGAAGAGGACACUGUUGAAAGCUACCUGGAAAAGCAGAUACAAGCUUACCUGGAUUGUUCUUCGGCAGACAUUGAUUCUAUUGAAAGGCAAAGUGUGGUGUUUCUCCUUGGUGUAGGGAGCUUACAGCUGUUUGCACAGAGCAACUGGACUGGACCUCCUGUUGACUUACAACCUCAGGAUUUUCUUCCAUCUGAAAUAUUACAACAAUAUAAUGAGACCAGUGCAUUGUCAACUGCUAUCUUAGGCAUGCUGGUUCUAGAUGGUGAAUCAAUAUAUAGCUUGACGUCCCAACCUAUCUUGCUGAUGCUGGCUAGAGUCAUCCUUGUGCAUUCCAGAAAUAAGCUAGAAGCUAUUCAGACAUUGCCCUGGUGGACACUGCGAUGUAUUAACCUCCACCAGCAGCUGUUAGAAGAAAGGUCACCUGAACUCUUCGCUGUUGCUCAGGCCUGUAUACAACAAGUUUUUGAAAUUGAGACUUUGUUCAAGGAUGAUGAAUGUUGGCAUCUCGCUGUUCAAUUUCAUCUAGAAUGUGCUUACACAUUUUUGAAUUAUUACGAAUAUAAAAAAGCCAAAGAACAUUUCCUUGCGGCUAAAGACAUAACUAAGUUACAGAUUGAGUUGACAGGUGCUCUGGGAAAAAGAACAAGAUUUCAGGAAAAAUACGUAGCACAACUGAUUCUAGAUGUUCAAAGGAAAGAUAACAUUGUCCUUCCUUACCGAGAACUUAGUCCUGCACCUACUCCACUAGGAGAUUUAACUAAGAAUUAUGCUUUAGAUGAUGACACCGUACUAAAUGAAAUAAAGUUUGAAGAAUCUCAUCAGAACCAGAUGCCUGACCUGUAUGCAGAAGAACUUGCUGUAAUCCUUGGAAUUUGUAUAGACUUUCAGAAAAACAACCCUGUCCAUAAGCUCACAGAAGAGGAGCUACUUGCUUUUACAUCAUAUCUGCUCUCACAACCAAAGUUCUGGGCAAUCCAAACUUCUGCUUUGCUUCUACGAACAAAACUUGAGAAAGGAAGUAUUCGUCGAGUGGAACGGGCAAUGAAACAGACUCAGGCACUUGCAGACCAAUUUGAAGAGAAGACAACAUCAAUUUGUGAACGUAUGAAGAUUUUUUACAGUUGCCAGGUUCCUCCACACUGGGCUGUCCAGCGUCAGCUUGCAAGCUUACUCUUUGACCUUGGAUGUACCACUUCAGCUCUGCAGCUGUUCAAGAAGCUUGAAAUGUGGGAAGAUGCUGUUAUCUGUUAUGAAAGAGCAGGCCAGCAUGGGAAGGCAGAAGAAAUUUUGAGACAGGAGCUAGAGAAGAAGGAGACAGUAGGAUUAUAUUGCCUGCUUGGAGAUGUUCUUAAAGACCAUUUGUACUACAACAAAGCUUGGGAGUUGUCCAGUCACCGCAGUGCCAGGGCUCAGCGCUCAAAGGGCCUCCUUCACCUUCGCAACCGGAAUUUUAGAGAAUGCAUAGAAUGCUUUGAGCGUUCCGUAGCGAUUAACCCAAUGCAGUUGGGGGUGUGGUUUUCCUUAGGCUGUGCCUACUUAGCAUUGGAAGAUUAUGACGGCGCUUCCCGAGCAUUUCAGCACUGUGUGAUGUUGGAACCUGAUAAUGCGGAGGCUUGGAACAAUCUAUCUACCGCAUAUAUCAGAUUAAAACAGAAAAUCAAAGCAUUUCGGACUCUUCAAGAAGCUCUCAAGUGUAAUUAUGAGCAUUGGCAGAUUUGGGAAAACUACAUUCUAACCAGUACGGAUAUUGGAGAAUUUUCAGAAGCCAUUAAAGCUUAUCACAGGCUUAUGGACUUGCAAGAAAAGUAUAAAGAUGUCCAGGUGCUUAAGAUUCUGGUAAAAGUAGUGAUGGAUGGAGUAAGUGACCGUAACGGAGAGACAGCAAAAGGGUUGAAGGGAAAACUGCAGGCACUCUUUGGCAGAGUGACUUCUCGAGUGACAAGUGAUGGAGAAAUCUGGAGAUUAUAUGCCAAGCUUUAUGAAAAUGGGCAGAAUGAGAACUAUGAAGACAUAGAAAAGGCAUUGCAGUAUCUCACCAAAGCAUACAAAUGUGAAAUCCAAUCAGGAGACUGGGACAAAGAUGCUUUCUCUUUUAAGAAAGUAGCCAGAGAUGCUCUAGAGCUCGCACAUGUGGCAAUGAAAUGCAGCAGAAUGAAAGCUAAUUACCAAGAAGCCUUGCCAACACUCUCUUCUGCUCGACUCAACUUGCGUGGUUUGGUAGCCAAAGCAAAGCAAAAUUUUGCAGAUGCUGUGAAUGGUGAAGUUUCCAGUGACCUCGCUGAAGAAGUGGCAGCAAUGGAGAAUUUGAUAAUGGAACUGCAAGAACUUAGCAACCAGCUAAGGAAUCAGACUUGAGAAAAAGAAGAUCCGAUUUCUUGGAAAGACAGAAGGGCAAGGCUGGCAUACUUCUCUGGUUAUAGCUUGUGCUAAUGAGCAUUCAGUAAAUCAGAUGCCCAAAGGCACCUCUUAAAUAAAUACUUCUGUAUACCAUACAGCUAUUAAUUGUUGCCAACAAGUUUUUCUGGUCCUAUUUGUUCGUUCUCAGCUAUACGUGAUUUGCAUUGGCUUGGAUUUUAUGGAACAAAUUAUGACUGGUUUUUAUUUAGAAGCCCUUUUUUCUUUAAGAUUAGUUCUGCCCCACUGCAAAAGAAUUGGCUUCUGUCCAUAGUUAUGCACUUUAAGGCUAUGAAUAAUUGGAGAGUUUGUUCAUAGUGGAAAGGAAAGGGCUAUUUGAUAUGAUUGUGUCUACAGGAACCUGGAAAUAUGGAAGGAGGGAAUAAAAAAUGGAAAUGACUGUCUUCUAUUUAAAGCUUGAGGACUCUCUUUUCCUUAGCCUGUGUUUUUCAAAUGCAAAUAUUAACACCCAAAGAAUAGGCAUCAUGUUCCUAGAACAAAACGGCACAGAAGUAGCUUUCUCUGCUGCAGACCAUGAACUCUCAUCAGAUCUUGCUGAGAAAUUUUAUGCUAACCAUUUUCAAAACAGACGUUUAAGAGUAUAGGACCACCUAUGGCUUCGCUUCCAUAAGAGGUAUGUGCGUGUGUGUGUGUGUGUUAAUAAGCAUGGGCCUAGCAACACUAACAUCAAUAGUUUUGCCUGGGCUGGGGUUAGAUGCUGGCUUUGUAUCUUCAGCCAUCUAAAAAUGGAAAAUAAGAUGUCCUUUGUUAGACUGGUCCAUCACAUGAAGUCCUAAUAUAGUUUGCCAGGGGUUAGCUUAGUAUGCGGUAUGUACCAAACCAAUUGUGACUUACAGUACUUAACAAAAGAUGGGUAGAUUUUGAUUUAGUGCAGGAAUAUGCAACUUCCAUCGAAAGUGGAUUGGGUCAGGCCUGGUGGGGAUUUUAAGGGCAAAAUCUUGCCCCAUGCCAAAAAACAAAUCUGACCUGGAAAUCUGUGGGAGCUGUAAAAGUGGUAGAGUCAGGCUGCAUGCAUCCCAUAAACUGUAGUUUCUGCAUGCUUGGCUUGGUAUGAAAGCUUUUCCUUGCUAGGUAUGAUGCAGUAAUUCUACUUGUUUAUCUCUGACAAUUGAUCUUCUAAGAUACAUUGCUGCUGAAUGUGAAAAUUUUAUGCAAUUGUAACUAACAGCCAUUAAUGUAUCCUCUUCGUUCAAUCCUUUUUGAAAGUUACAAAAAUAUUGGCUAUAAAUUACAUUUGCGGGUUCAAUUCUGUAACUUGAUUUUGCAUUGUAUAAAAAAGUAUUUCUUAUAUUUCUCCUAAA